AUGUCGGCUCAGAACUCCGCGGGUAUUCAGACCCUCCUCGAUGCCGAGAGAGAGGCUCAGAAGAUUGUGCAGCAAGCCCGAGAAUACCGUACCAAGCGGAUAAGAGACGCCAAGGCCGAGGCUCAGAAGGAGAUCGAGGAGUACCGCAGCCAGAAGGAGGAGGAAUACAAGAAGUUCGAGGCUGAGCACUCCAGUGGAUUCAAGAAGGCCGAAGAAGAUGCCAGCAAGGAGGCCGAGGAGAAGCUGAAGGAGAUCCAGGCCGCUGGCAAGGCGCAGGGCGACAAGGUCGUGGAGGACCUGAUCAAGGCCACGACCUCUGUCAAGCCUGUGGUACCGGAGAAGAUCGUGAAGGCAUAG